AUGACAGAGGACCCAGGGACUGUGGCUGCUAAAACAUCAGAUUACAGUGAUUAUUACGAUGACAGUGUUGAAAACUAUGGAUCACCAUGCAACAAUGGAAACACAAAGGCCUUCAGCGAGGUUUUCCUUCCAACCCUGUACAGCUUAGUUUUCAUUCUUGGCUUCAUCGGAAAUGGCCUGGUAGUGUGGGUCCUGAUCAGAUACCGUCAAAAAUCCAACAUGACAGAUGUGUGCCUCUUCAACCUAGCCCUAUCUGACCUACUCUUUCUUGUGUCACUCCCUUUUUGGGCUCACAGUGCCAUGGAUGAGUGGAUUUUUGGCAAAUUCAUGUGUCAUUUCAUAACAGGUCUCUUCACGUUGGGUCUGUACGGUAGCAUAUUCUUCAUGGUCCUUAUGACACUGGAUCGCUAUGUUGUCAUCGUCCAUGCCCAUAGUAUCUUUUCCAGAAAUCGGUCUGCACAAAUGGGUUUGAUUCUGGCCUCAUUUAUAUGGCUGCUCAGUCUGUUUGUAUCCCUCCCUAAUAUUAUUUUUGCCAAAGCGAAAAAUGAGACAAACAUCAAAGUAUCAUGCAAAUCUGAAUUUCCUGAGGAUUCAGCCUGGAUGUCAUUUACUUAUCUUAAGAUGCACCUCCUGACCUUGAUCAUCCCUCUGAUUAUUAUGAGCUUUUGCUAUUCCCGGAUCAUCCCUACUCUGCUCAGCAUAAAAUCACAAAAAAGGCACAAAGUCAUCAGACUCAUCUUGGCUGUGGUGGCAGUUUAUUUCCUCUUCUGGACUCCAUACAACAUUGUCAUGUUUCUUAUGUACCUGCAGAAGCAUGGCUACUUGCUUUCUUGUGAGUGGCAUACUAAUUUAAGCCUUGCCAUGCAGUGGGUGGAAACAAUCGCCUUAAGCCACUGUUGCCUCAACCCUAUCAUCUAUGCCUUUGCCGGACAGAAGUUCAGAAGAGCAGUUCUUAAAGUCCUAAAAGAUAAGUUUCCAUUGUGCUUCAGCCAGUGUGCCACUUUCUCUCAACAGUUAUCUGAACGCAGAAGUUCAGUCUUCAGCAAAUCUACUGAAUAUUCCUCCACACAGAUUGCAUAGAGCAAACUUAUUCCCCCAGAGUUAUUUUUAGGCUAAGUAUUUUUUUUAUCUUAUUUAAUUUUAUUUUUUUACUG